GGUCGUACCGCACCGCUCAUUGGCAGACACUAGUCGAGUCAGUGCCUCGCGAUCGCUAGCAUUCGAGAAUGUCUUCUGAGCGCUCGCGUAACAAUAACGUUGCAGGGGAGCGGAAAAACGAAUGAUUCGUUCCAUAUUUGAACAUUUAAAUUAUUAAAAAAAUUAAAUAGCAUAAUUUUUUUGUCAUUUUAGUUUUUUCAAACGCCAUUCUGGAGAUUGACGUAACAUUUGAAUUGGGAAUCCGCGAUACAGAUUAUUUUAACAAAUGAAAAAAAAAUAUAUGUGAUAACAAAACAGAUUCUAGUGAUUGUAUUGUGCCAGUGUUGAUUAAAAUAACGCCGAUAAAUAGGAAUUCCUUAGCAGAUAAUGGGCAAAGACGUCCAGAAGAGAUGGCGGUCUAUACGUGACUCGUACACGAAGGCCUACAGGCAGGGCAAGUGUGUGCCGCCUGAAAUGUGCGCCCCGGGCUCCCGACGCUAUCAGCACCACAAGCAGAUGGCGUUCUUGCUGAAUGCACUUAAAAACAAAAAACCGCGAUUCGCACAGGACAAAUACGAAUCAUUCUCGGAAGUGUCAAACUCUUCGCAUCCACCACCCGAAGAUAUAAUUAAAAUAAAAAACGAAUCCAUAGACAUACCGCUAGAUUUAAAAACCAAACCGGACAUCCCGGAGAGACCAGAGACAAUGGACAAAUCCACAUCGACUGACGCACAAGAUAUAAAAAUCGAGAUGCCAACGUCUGAAAUCAAAAUCGACGCUAAUUCGAUCUUACCGGAAGACCAUUUCGACGAUGACAAACUGUUUAUGAAUUCAUUAGUGCCGUUUUUCAAAAAAAUGAAUGACGAUACGAGGUUGAAAUGCCGUAUUGAAGUGUUGAAGACAAUUAGAUACGCCCUGCAAGGUCACAAGUGUUUUCAAACGCUCAAACUGGACGAAGAUAGCUUCUUCACGAGCAAAAACAGCAGGUUGUGUAAAGAUGAACCGGGCGAUAACAACAUGAACACAUCCAAGUCUAGCGAGUCCAAAUUGUCUAUGGUCACAAGGUCUGCCGAUGGUACAAGGACAACGAGGAAACGGAAGGGUAGGUCGCCAUCCCCACUCCCUGUUCCGGCAAAAAAACGCGGCCCGGGUCGUCCUAGAAAGAUCCGUCUCCCCCCAUCGGAUUCAGACGAGGAACAGGCGGCGAAGAAACGGCCGAAAUUGAAGGUGGCGCCGAUAGAGCCUCUCUCGGAGAUGGACGACAUUUUAACCAGCGUCAGCAGAGUCGAUCAAUUGUCAACACCGUUGUUUAUGAAGGUGUACAAUCUCAGCCGUUCAGUGCCUUCUAAACCCACACGGCUCGCCGACGCAAUGGAGGAAACCGUAUCGUUGGAUCCUAAAACACAACCUUGUUAAACUAGUUUCUAAGUUAAAAAACAUUUAACGGAUAUUUAGAAAAUAAAGUGUGUAGCGUUUUAGACUGCAAACUUUGAAGAACAUAGUACAUGCAUAUGGUCACGUCUAUAACCCUUGCGGGGUAGACAGAGCCAACAGUCUUGGAAAGACUGAAUGGCCACGCUCGGCUGUUGGCUGGCUUAAUGAUAGAAUUGAGAUUCAAAUAGUGACAGGUUGCUGGCCCGUCGCCUGAAAGAAGAAUCCCAAGUUUGUAAGCCUAUCACUUAGCCUAUUGAAUAUCAUACAAAUGUUAUUUGUUUUGUUUCCAUUUACCAGCGAUAUGUUGGAUUUCUUCAAGUGGUUUUUGAUAAUGUAGGUGUUCUUUGACUUGGCGAAUUUUCAUUUAACUGUCUGUUUUUUUUUUUUUUGAAACUACAUAAUAAGCUUAGAUAAUCGUGUAUAACUCCUAUUGUGUCCUUUUUUCUAUUUCGAAACCCAAUGAAUCGUUUGGAAAUGAAAACGAAAAUUUUAUUAAAAUUUGAAGUUAUUUAAAAGAAACAAAAUUGAUUUCCAAAGAAUUUGGUUGAGGAAAAAAGCUGACGAAUGUUAUAUUCUUGGGAAUCUUUAAUCGUGUAAAAUAUAAGUUGAACUUGGAAACAUUUGGAAAAUUAAUUCCGGUCCGAUUAAAUUCCCAAUUAGAAACGUCAUGCCUUGAAAAUGUUAAAUUGAUUGGUCGCCUAGAAUGACUUUGAUGUCAGGAUACAUCUAGUGCAUCAAUUUCUCAUAUCACUGUAGUGUAAGGUAAUGUAUAAUUAUAGAUAGUAAUUUUAAUAAGAAAAUGUGAUAUAGCAUAUAUUUGGCCAUGUAUGUUUAAACUGUUAUGUAUCAAUAAUGGCUUAUUGUGUAACCAGAUUUUUUUAUACAUUUCAAACAUCAAAUUCAAAACUCAAAAUUUUUAUUCAUUAUUAUAGGAUACUUCAUAUCGCUUAAUAAUUGUCAAAUUUUUUGGUUUCACAACAUUGGUUGACGUCACAUUUAUUAUUUAAAACUAAGUUUACUGCCGCUUCCAAGGCGUCAGUGCAGAAGAAGCGGUAACAAACUGCACUGCAGCAUUUUCUACAACAACGUCAACUUCACAAAUAUCCAAACGUAAAUAAUAUGUUUGAUGCAACUUAAGUCAUGAAGCCCAUUGUCACUUCACUCGUACUGUGGUGUAGUGGUUAUAUUAAUGCCUCUUUACUUUAAGUUCAGAGUUCGAUCUGAGAUCAGGACAUAUAAAGAUGGAUGAUGUGAUAUAUUCUGGUAUAGUGAGGUUUGUACUAAUAUAUUGUUUUUAAAAAAAUACAGUAAAGUUAGGGUUGAGUUUUAUUUUUAUUUAUUUUAUGUAAUGUAUUUGAGACUUGAGCUUGUGUGCGUUAUUUCAAAUAAAUCUUUCAUUCAUUCAUCCAUUCAAUAAUUUUUGAAACAUGUUCCAAACUUAUUUUGAGGCUAGCUCAAUCAGUUAGAUUUUUCUGUACACCUACAUAAAUAAAUAAAUAUAUACGGGACAACACAGAUUGAAUUAGUCUCGAAGUGAGUUCGAAACUUGUGUUACGAGAUACUAACUCAACGAUACUACUUAUUGUAAUAAAUACAUAUAUAGAUAAACAUCCAAGACCCAGGUCAAUUAGAAAUUGUUCGUUUCUCAACAUGCCCUGGCCGGGAUUCGAACCGAAAUAUUAUUUGUCUGGUUACCAAAUAGCUUUGUUGAUAUAAUUAAAAAAAGUCAAAGGGAUUAAGUACAAUAUUAUUAUCUUUAAGUGAAAGAAAUAGAUUAUCUAUAAGUAAGAAAUAUCUUAGUCGAAAAGGCCUUGCCUGAUUAUCAUUAUGUUAUUUACCAGGACAAAAAUUAAGUGUCUUACGUAAUGUCUCAUAAACUUAAUGAAUUUAAAUCAUACAAAGUUUAUUUUGAUGGCUUCGUUUACCUGUGUUAUUAUUCUGAAAUACAAUAUCCACUAAACUACACGAAAUGAAAAUUUACACUUGGUAGGUACAAUAAUUAUCCAAACUUGACAUUCGUGGCAAGGCACGCGUCAAAAACUAUCGCCGUUUCGUUUUUUUGUUGUGACGUGAAAAGGGACAGCGAUAGAUUUGCGCGCGAAACUGCUUCGAACUCUAUAUAAUUUCAUAUUAAAAAAAAACCGUCGUUUGGUGGAUAUGACAAUUUAAAAUUUUUGUACAGGUUAUAAAAUAUAGCUUUAAGUUUAGUGUA